AUGAGCAACAACCAACCCUGGUAUCCCCAGGAUGACUACCAAUAUACGCAACCAAAUGGCCGCCAGCGUCUGCCAGAUCAGCGCUCUUCCAGUUUCCAAAACGCGGCCCCGGAUGCAGUUCACACUGGUCAGAGACUUUUGGCCGUAUAUCCACCGGCGUCCGCAACGCCUACACAUCACGUGUCAAGACAUAUCAGCAACAUGACAUUGACGAAUGCCCCUACAUUUCCCCAGCCCAACCUCUAUAACAAUUACAACACAAACUAUCCGCCAUCGAACCCGGCUCCAUAUUCAGACUAUGACCAGCAGUUACGGUAUCUGUCGUCUUCGCAGAUGAUGGUCGAUGAUUCUGGUUAUUGGGAUCACAAUCGAAAUGAGGCUGUUCGCAUGUUGAAUGGACAAACUGCUUCCUCGUAUAAUGCUCACUACACGGAUAAUACGCAAUGGACUACACAGAAUCCUCCCUCCUCAUUUCAGACCACGCCUUUCGCACAAUCUGUCUUCCAACGUACUACUCCCAGCACCGCCUACCCGACGCCUCCGCCCCCACCCAUCAAUCCUGCAUCAUCUUCUCUGGCGUACGCGCUAGGUGUUCCUCCAGUACAAUCUCAUCCACAGGCGCAGACGCAGACGCAUAUAACCCCACCACAGCCCAAAGUAUAUCAAGCCACGGAGUCACAUGCAUUUUACGAGGACUUUCUCGAGCGCAAAGCCUUGCAAGCCAAUCCGCCACUGACUAACCAAGCCAAUCCGCCACAGAUUAUCCAAGCCAAUCCGCCACAGACUAUGAUAGCCCCCGUUCCUCGUCAAGAACAAAUCCGACCGUCUACUCCUCCACCUUCGAAGCCUUUAGUUCCUGACUCCAGUCCAGAUCCUCUUUCCCUGCAGUACAGCGUUUCUCCCAAGGCAAUGACAGCUUCGGUGACCCCCAUGAAGCGUAAACCAAUUGUUUUGAUAGAAUCUCCCUCUAUUAAACGUCUACAAGCAUUAAAAGAGUCCAACCACACUUCCAGCCAGCCGAAGACUCCUCAAGCGCCAAGGACAUCAGCCCCUCCUACCCCGAGCUCGAGGGCCAGUUCUUUUUCUAAUAUGUCAACCACGUCCUCAAACAACGUAACUCCAACGCACAAGCGCAUUGUAAAUUUGGCAUAUGUAGCUGUUCCUCCAAGUCCCUGGCUAACCCCAACGUCUUCUCGCAAACCUUCUGUUAAAACCGACUCUGUCAGGAGUAAAGUAACAUUUGGUGAUACCCCAGAUCUGGGUGGAUACGGAUCGGAAGACGAUGGGCCGUCUAGUCCUACAAAAAGAUUUCUUAAUGACUCUGUAAAGAGUUCCGCGCGUCGCACUGGAGACCGUGAUGAGCGAGGACCACUUGAGAAGUUUACGUCUCUUAUUGAGGAUGUUUUUGAGGCUGAAGACACCUUGCCCUCGGAGCUUGAGGCUUCGGAUCUCAACCACGAAUUCUUUUCACAACUGUCAAACGAUUGCACCCGACCUUGCUUGUCGUCGUCUAUCAUUCGCAAGUUGACGAAGUACAUUGGUCAUGUUGCACGGCCAACGAAAAGGCUCCGUCAAGCCGCUAACGGUGUAUUGGGGACCCCUCGAGGCAAGGGUCGUAUGACAGACGUGGACACACAGAUACUUUCUCGUUUACUGAAGAUACUUGAACGCAGUGUCAAGGCAGGUGAAGACAUCGAUCCUUUUGCUUAUCGCGCACCACCAGUGUCAGCGAAAUCUUCUCCUAAGAAACAGAGUACUAAGAAGGUAUCCAAACCCAAGAAAAACGAGAGGGCUUCAAGAUCGCUCACACCUAAAGGUGCUGAUGAGGAAGAAGAUGUUGUUAUGGAAGACCCAAAAGCGACUCCGGCUAUUGAGCUCUCAGAGGACGAUUUCGACAAGCUUACGAAUUUGUUGGAAAUUGCGAGAGACAGUAUUCUUGCCGCUGACUGUUGUAUAGCACUGCUGGGAAGUGACAGGCUCACUAAGCAGCUUUACUCGGAAGAGUUAAUUACCGCCUGCCUUAACACGAUCAAGAAUCAACUCACCAAAAUUCUUUACGCAUUUGUGGAGGCGUCAGCCGAAAGCGGCCCUUCCCUGAAUUCGAACCCAUUGCUCAUGAACAUUGUCAAGAAUACCACAUCUAGUGCCUCUAGUCACCGUCGCCAAUUAGGUGAAUUGUUCCAAGCUCUUUCAGCCGUCAUUCCACGGAUCAACAACCUCAUCAACACCGAAACUGUGGCCAUGUCCGACUCAAUUAUAAUCCAGGCCGUGUAUAUCGCCAUUGGACCCUUCUUCGUUGUCGAUGUGGGUGGCGAAGCGGAUGCUAAGGGUAAGAAGGAGAACGUGAUCAUCAAAACGUUGGGGAAAAGUGCGAUGAGAGGUUUGAGGUUGGAUGCACUUGCCCUGAUUCGAAGCAUCUUUGCGAACCAUGAAGACCAGCGUUCAUGGAUCAUUGAAGAAAUUCUGACUUCCCUGAUCAAACUCAACGACACUAAACAGAAGGCUGGCCAAUUUAGAUUGAGAGAUGGCAGGGCCAUUCGAACGGUAUCCGCUUUGUUGAUGCAGCUAGUACAGACCUCUGCCCACGAUGUCCGCAUCGAGGCCAAAAAGAUCAACAAGUCCCGUCAGAAUAAAUUUGCACUACGGCGUCAAGAGAGUUUUUCUGAAAGCCAGCAGCCACCGGAUGAACCUUUCCUCGACGAAAUUGAUCAAGAGGAACUCCGAUUGUAUGGCUCCGGGUUAGAUUCUGCUACCAAGGCUGCUAAAACAAUUAUUGUUUUCUUGACACAACGAUCUGGGAAAGGCAAAGCGACUAAAAAUUCCAACGAAGCUGAAUACCGCGCUAUUUUUGACAACUUGAUCGACGAUCUUCUGGUUGUGCUUUUCUGGCCAGAGUGGCCGGCCGCAAGUAUCAUUCUCAGUAUUGCCUCCAAAUUUAUGGUCUCGUCUCUCGAUGAUGUUAAGACAAGUUCUCAGACCGACAGUAAUGCUGCGAAGACCAUGGCGCUUGAUCAUCUCGGAGUCAUUGCGGCUCGUAUACGUACCAGCAUCUUGAAGGUUCAACGCGAGCCACCGUCAAAAAAGCCUCUCAAGCCCCUUGAUGAAAUUGUCUCGAAUGUCGACCUCAAAAACUUGAAUAGAUUUUUGGAAGCGCAUAAAUCUGUUGCUUCGCAUGUGUGCAAGAGAUCUUCAGAGGACCAGGCAUACGAUAGUGCACGAGAGCUAAGCGCUGCUACCCUCGGACAAGAGUUAGCGGCUGCUCUAAAACAAGUACAUCGAUGGCUGGAGAGUCCUGGAGAAGACGAUGAUUUGAACAUCAAGGAUCACAGCAAACUCGCAGCGUUUGGAGAUAGACUGAAGCUUGCGUUGCGCGAAGUGUGGGUCGAUCCUUCCAGUGACGUGUUCGAUGUCGGGUCGGCAGAGGAAGUUCAACGCGUCGAUAGCUUGUCGGAAGAAAUUGGAACAAUUCAAAGUCUUCGUAAUUCUUUCAAUCCCAUUUUGAGUAUCAUAGUCAUGGCUUUAGAUGCACCUGCGAUCUUCAUGCGAACCAAGGCCCUUCGUGCUCUUGGGCAGAUUGUUACAAGCGAUGCAUCCAUUCUCGCCAAUGCUAAUGUUCGUCGUGGUAUCGAGAGCCAUCUUCUGGACAGUUCACCCGCCGUCCGUGACGCUGCUGUUGAACUGAUUGGGAAGUACAUGAUAGAAUCUCCUGAAGUUGCAGGGGAAUAUUACCAGAAGAUUGCUGAUCGUAUGGCGGAUACUGGAUUGAGUGUCAGGAAACGUGUCAUUAAGCUUCUGAAGUCGUACUAUCCUAUUACUACCGAUCAACGCCGCAUUGAGAUCGCGACGAGAAUGGUCCUGCGUUUGAUGGAUGAGGACGACACGGUUAAAGAUCUUGCUAUCAAGACCAUUGAAGAGCUGUGGUUCCCACCUACACCACUUCCUUCUGCUCUGAAAUCGUCACGUACUGCGACAGCGCCGAUCAACCCACGCGAUAAUAGCGCGCUUGAAAGUAAAGUCUCUGUGAUCAUGGGCACGUCUGCAAAUUUCAAGGACCGUCAAUCUCCUUUGGAGGACGUGUUGCACAAAAUCAUGGUGGACAAGGAAGGGAAUGAGAAAACCUCGCUUCAUGCUCGUUAUGCAGAAAUUUGUGAAUCUUUGAUUGAUGGGUUGGUGGACGCGUCAGACCGUCCCGGUUUUACCGUGAUCAAUUGCAUCAGAACUGUAUACCUCCUCACGUCCGCGUAUCCCUCGAUUUUGUCUGGCACUUCUGCUUCCACACUCCUUCCUUAUCUCAAAAAUGCCACGACGACUGAGGAAUUGACAACAUCUGACUAUCUACUGAAAAUAUUCCGUGUCUCGAUUCCUCGUAUGCCCAAGACUGCAACCAAAUUUGGUCAUGAACUUCAAGCAGCAUUGCAGCCGAUGAUCAUCAAACCUUCUGGAGCUGGUGGAGUACAGCUUCUGCAAGAAGCUGUUGGCUGCAUGUGUACCGUUGUGGAACACCUUACUCAUGACUUUGUCAGAUUAGUCAACCUCCUCAAGUCUUGCAAUGCUCGUCUCUUGCAAUCUGUUAGGCGGCCAGCCCAAGAAUUAGGCCCAGCUGAACACCGUGCUAUGGUUAUUCUGAUCUUGAUUGUCGCUUUGCUGGCAGAGAAUUGUAAAUUUGAUACGUUGCGCAAGGAGAACACAAACCUCGGUGCUGAUCUCGAUACAAUAUCCAAAGGGCCAAUAACUGAACACAUCUACAACAUAUUGCUUUCGUUGUACGAAAAAUAUGAAAGUGACUCUCUUCGUGGUCGUGUUUUGCAGUGCUUGGGUUUCUUGUUCCGCGCACAACCCACGUUGAUGACGAUGGAACGAUCUACGCGCAUCAUGGACGUAAUCUUUAUGUCUUCUGAAGAGGAAGAAAAGGGCCGUAUGCUGAAGAUUAUACAAGACUUCCUCGUUUCUGAGGCUGCGAAACAUGAUGCACAGGAGAAAGAAUCGACCAAUGCUAAUAAUUCCAAGUCGGAAGUUGACAUGGGCGAGCUGGUGGGAAACACAGAAGGCUUUGCCGAUUCUGGUGUCAGCGCCGCUAUCGUCCAACGUUAUCUGGAGCACAUUCUGGAAGCAUGUCUUUCGACUCACAAUCAGAUUCAAAGUGUAGCAGUCGAUGUCUUGACCUUUACGGUCAAGCAGGGAUUAGCCCAUCCUCUUCAAGCCUUCCCUAUCAUCGUAGCCCUCGAAACUAGCCCUAUUUCGUCAAUCAGCAACAGAGCAAGUGCCCUCCACACCAUUCUCCAUGCAAAAUUCCCUACUAUCGUCAACUCUCGGUACACCGUCAGUGCUCGCAAAUCUUUCGAUUACCAGAAGAAAAUUACAACAGGUGUUGUGCAUGGCUUCCGAAUGCAACCGACACCUAUUGCUCUUCUGCAGCGGUGGUAUACCCAUGUACGAGAAAAGCGUCCUGUUCGACAAGAAUUUUUGAAGGCGCUGGUCAAGAUUUUCCAGGAAAAUCCGAAUUACGAAUCGUCUCAGGAUGACGUUAGUUACACAAGAUACAUGGCCGAAAACUUUGCAACUUUCGACUACAAAACAUUGGAGGAAGUUCUUACUGUGAUCAAAUAUCUCACUAGCGUUCUUUCUACCACCGGAAUGCAAUUGCUUGAGAUCAUCUCUCCUUCCCACUUGCUUACCCAUUUGCAUGGUUCUUCUUCGCAACCAAUUGCCACUAAUCCUUCUGAACCACCGCCUACACCUGACGCAACUUCUACGGAAAUUCCGCCGCCGACGGUACAAGCCGACGCAAAAGAGUAUGACAGAGUCCCACUCAUGCGAACUUCUGUCAUCAUCGCCAUUGCCAUGCUGCUUAAAGCUCAUCUAAAAGCACUCUACUCUUUAUCCGAAGACAAAUGCAACAAAUUUGUCAUUGGGAAGAAGAGCGCCAUCGGAGAUAGGCCUGCUACAAAACGGCAUGACGUCCCUGUUUCCUGGGAUCGUCUAACAUAUGCUACAACUCCUCUGCUUACGACUGAAGACGCUGAUAUCCAACGAGUCAGGUUCCUGGAAAUCUGGAAUGCAGACGGGCUAACCGCUGAACCGGAAGACGAGGAAUUCCUCUAA